AUGCCAGAAGGCAAUUUACUCUGUGUGCUGUGCGCAGUAUUAGUCAACUGCCUGUACAUCUGUGUGCUAUGUGGCAACAGUGACACUGACGACGGUCAUGUGUUUCAGGUUGACAAGCGAGUGAAGGUAGAAGCGGCGGCUGCGAACGCCAGAUCGAAGUACUCGUCGGUGACACCGCUGGAACAUCCGUGCGAGAGUAACAACGCCGAGGUGUUUUCCCAUGGAAUUCCACAGAACAGUCGUGAACGAUUUCUCAUCGCCCUGCGCCUCUACAUCAUUUGUCAUCCGGCGGCACUGCGCAAGCACGGUGGUCGUCAUGCGUCGAAGCACCGCGAAAACGUCGUAUUUCCUCAUUUCCCUCACCUCAGUGAGACAGCUGCUGUGGUCUUGUCGAUUCUUUCCUCGAACUUUUGUGCUCACCUUUCGAACACGGCACAACUGUCCCCCGUUGUGGGACAGAACGACAGGAGGCAGUACACGUGGAACCGCGAGAAGCAGAUGGCUCAGCUGGUUAAUGCGUCGCCUCUGCAAGGCGCUGCCGACGAACCGGAGAAACUGCUAAGCAGCAGCAAGUGUCGGUCGAGCGCCGUUGCAAACGAACCAGGUGCGUCAGAUUCCCACGGCGCAAAAGUCAACAACAGCUGCAAGCUCAUACUGAGUACCUCCUCGCCUCUAGCCGAACAAUUCCCCUCGUGCCGAGCGCUUCAACCGCGAAGCGGCAGCGAAGAUCACUCUCCGCCCUACCGCCACUCAUCCGCCAAUCAGCCAACGGUAUUCAGUAAACAAGUGGGCGGUCUUGAAGGUGGCACGGUUGCUUCCUACUCGCCAGUUCAUUGGAGCAGUAGCUUCGACCAUUGCAGUAUAGCUCCCUCUACAAUCUCUAACGGCAAAGUCGUCGAUUCGAACGUACAGCAGCCGAGUCUCUGUCGUUCCGACGACCUCGGAUUUGAUUAUGCGCCCGUUUCUUGCUCCACCAUGUACGGAACGACCAACGUGGGAAACUCAUACGGCGAUUGCGCGGCGACAAAGGGCUUAAUUCAGAACAAUAUGCUCCAGCCGUUUACCGCGCCUUACUAUAAUAGUGGGCAAUGUCUUCCAAACUACUCUGUUCAAACAGCUGGAUGUGCACUGUACGGCAACAACACUGCGCAGCCGUAUUCGGUGGCUUCGUUGCCGCAGCCGUACGCCGGUCGAAACGUAAAGUCUAGUCCUUACUCGUCGUUCAACGCUUACUUUGGCACUGCGAGCAGUGCCCUGUCGGCUGCGGCGGCUCCAUGUUGUGCAACUGCCUAUGCCUCAACCCUGGGCACUCACGGCCUAAUCACCCUGCCGAACGUGACUCCUCCGACCCUGGAAUGUGCUGGUUACUCUUCGGGCUCUUAUCCGCACGGAUAUUCCCAGUACUAUGGUGGACUUGCCUACAAUUCCUACGGUCAAAUCAGCGGCUCGAUUCCGGUCGUCACCACGACCGUCACCUACCAGCUGUCACAGCUCCCUCCGUGCACCACCGUAGCGACCAGUAGAAGCAAAAAGCGGAAGCUGAACAAUCCGACUUUUUGCCUCGAGAGCGACUUCGAGCGAGUUUUCAUUUGGGACCUCGACGAGACGUGCAUUUUGUUUAACUCCCUUCUCGACGGGUCGUACGCUACAAAAUGCGGAAAGGACGUAAACAGCUCCGUGACCAUCGCUCUGCUGAUGGAAGAACUGAUCCUCUUUCUGUCAGACACUCACUUCCUCUUCAGCGAAAUGGAGGAUUGCGAUCAGGUGCAUAUUAACGACGUGAUUAACGACGAAAACACACAGGAAAUGGUGUAA